CCCUUUCCAUGACCCCCUCUCGAUCCCUCUAGCAAGCUCGACCGCCGCACUGCUUUAACGGGCACGCGUACGUCCAUCAUGCGCUGGCCGACGUCGCCCUCCUUGUCCGCGGUGGCGGCGAAGCGGGCGGCGGUGGUUCUGGCACUGGUGCUGGCGAUGGCUGUCGGCCGUGCGCGCGGUGUGGGAGGCGCCCGCGUGCCGCGACCGCCGACAGUGACGACGAACAUGAGCUUCGGCGGCGGGAACGACGAGGGCGUGGAGAUGCGGCGGCUGGCCGGAGGCGGGGCCUCCGCGGAGAACGAGGACUACGGGUACGUGGACCCUCCGCCGGACACCAACCGCCGAGGGGCCGGCGCGCCCAUCCCGCACAAGCACAACUGAGCGAUCGAUCGAUCGACUCAUCUGCUGUCACUAGCUACCACGCGUCGAGCGCCGGCCGCCGGCCCAAGCUUGAUCGAUCGUGAUCCUUUUUUCCCGUUUUCUCAUUGGUCCCCAAAAUAUUGUUACUACCUGCUGCACUAAUUAAGAGAGAGGACCGAUCUUUGUACCACGUUUGUCCAUCAAGAUAUGUAAGCUUAACUGAUUAAGCUCGAUCGGACUACAA